AACCAGAACACGUGACAGGAUGCAGUUACUGGCGUCAUGGCGGAUGAACAACAACAAGAAGGGAUGUCUCAAAAAGAUAUCGAUGGGUUGAAUUGUCUAGCGUACGAUGAAGCAAUAAUUGCACAGCAAGACCGGAUUCAACAAGAGAUUGCCACCAGCAUUGCUCUUGUGUCCGAUCAACAAGACAUAGCUAUUCUUAAGAAAGAGUAUGCUGAAGAGGACAAUAUUUACCAGCAGAAGAUUAGGGAUCUGCAGAAAAAGUAUACAUUUAUAAGGAAGACCCGUCCAGAUGGAAACUGCUUCUACAGAGCUUUUGGGUUCUCAUAUCUGGAGUCGUUGCUUGAUGAUAGUAAAGAACUGCAAAGAUUCAAAGCUAUUGCUGCCAAGAGUAAACAGGAUCUUGUUAACCAAGGCUUUACAGAGUUCACCAUUGAAGAUUUUCACAACACGUUCAUGGAUCUGAUUGAGGUGUGUGAUAAGCAGCCAUCAGUGGGUGAGCUGCUCAAUUCCUUUAACGAGCAGAGUGUGUCGGACUACCUGGUGGUUUAUCUGCGCCUGGUGACCUCGGGCUUCCUGCAGAGAGAGGAGGAUUUUUACCAGUUCUUUAUAGAGGGUGGACGCACUGUUAGAGAGUUCUGUCAGCAGGAGGUGGAGCCAAUGUCCAAAGAGAGCGACCACAUCCACAUCAUCGCUCUGGCGCAGGUUCUGAACGUGUGUAUUCGGGUGGAGUACAUGGACCGAGGGGAGGGAGGCACAGUCAAUCACCACAUCUUUCCAGAAGAUGGAGAUCCCAAAGUUUUCCUUCUGUACCGGCCAGGUCACUACGAUAUUCUGUACAAGUAGCAGCUCAGAAGCUCCAUUCUCCUUGCUGUGCUGCAGCCACUGUGUUUAACAGCAAAGCUGUGAAAAAUGAUUUUGGAGCCCAGUGUGUGAUCUCACUAUCUGUGCUCAGCACCACAAAGACAGGCGUACAGUUUUCUGACUUCAAACACUGGACAUUGUACAGUUUCUUUAUUUUGUAUAACUCCAGUCCUUCACUUCUCUUAUGCCUAGUUGUUUGAAUAUUUUUUGUCUGUUCUGUACUGUGUUUUACUAUAGACUUGGUGUUCUUAAUCAUGUUUGUGUGUGAGAAUAAACGUUUUGCAAUUUGUCAUUAGAUUUAAAAGAAAAAUUACAGGAA